AUUACUAAUUACCAAUAUCGUUAAACCGGUGAACUAUUUGAAACAGCGCUUUAGAUGUGACCAAAACGACACCGCUCCGAUUUCCUGUUCUUCUACAGCACGUUCAAGUAGGUCACGGGUCACCAGAUAUGGUCCAUAGAUACGCCAUUUUUAGCUAUCAAAGAAUCUCCCUAAUUUAGUGAGAUCGCCUUGCAUUUCCUAGAAUUUUUUGAAUUCAAAUCGAAUACAAUUUGCGUUUUCUUCUUGUUUCCACCGAAAAUUUGCAGCAAUUGAAUUUUGAUGGCUGACAACUCGACGAAGCCUACCGAUUCAGAAAUCGAGCCCGAAAUGGACAUAAAACCCGAGGCCGCGGCUGAAAAGCCCUCAUCAGUGGGUGCAAACGACGGCGGAGGUGGCGGAUGGGGCGGAUGGGGCUUUUCUCCCCUCUCUUAUCUAUCGGAUCUUCAGAAAGCUGCUAAUGUGGCCGCCGAAGAGAUCUCUCGCAAUGCUUUGGAGGCUGCUAGGACAGCAGCAAAGACCAUUUCAGAGACUAUUGCCGAAGAUUCAGAUUCUUCUGAGGAAGAUAAAAAAGUAUUAGUAUCUGUUGAUGAAGAAACAGAUGACGGAAAUGACAAGAGGCGCAAAGCAGCACUAGAGAAGUUAGAGAAAGCUAGUGAAGAUUCCUUACUUAGCCAGGGUUUGAAGGUUCUUGAUACAUCAGUAGAAUCUUUUGCUUCAGGAGCUUGGCAAGCUUUUGGAACUGCAUUGAAAGGGGGAGCCACUCUAGUUCAAAAGAUUGAGGAUUCUGCUUCAAGUUUAACUGAUUCAAUCCAACAUGGCGGUUUACCUGGGUCGGCCGGUUCUGCUGCACCAUCUUUGUUAGAGACUGGAAAAGCUUUUACAGCAAAGAGUAUGCAAGUGCUUGAGAAAGUCGGUAAAGAAACCAUGGAUCUGUUAAUUUCAGAAACUGGGAUUCAAGUUGAGAAAAAAACUGGAGGAAUAAUGGAUGAAGAUCUUGAGGAAAUUACAUUUGACCGAUGCUUUUAUAUCUAUGGAGGUCCAGAGCAGCUGGAGGAGUUAGAGGCAUUAUCCAACCAUUAUACGCUGUUAUAUAACAGAAGAAAGGCUAAACUCUCGUCUGAAGAAAAAUCUAUCUACGAUGGAAAGCUAAAAGAAGUCCAACAGAUAUUUGACUUGGGUGCUAUAGUUGAUGGAACUUUUACAGACUCGGGAAAAGGGAAAAUGAUAGAGGCUGGUAACAUUGACAACAUUGACGAAUUCAAGAAGUUACACGAUUCCAGCCUUUCUAAGGCUGCAGAAUUGGCUGCAGGUUUUGCUAGUGCUUUAGCCGGAUUGUCCCCAAGUGACAUAAUUCAAAAAACGUCAAGGAGGCUGGAUGCUCUUCAUUCCGAGGGCGUGCAUAGGCUUUCCGAAAUGUGUUGCUUUGGUGUAACUCAGAUACUGAUGCUCGGGAGGUCUAUCAUAUCUAACGCCAACAAAGUUGAAGAUCAAGAUAUUGAGGAAACAAUGAGGAUUGAUUGGCCUGAGGACUCUGUGGAGAAAGCUAAGAUAAUCCGAACAAAGGCCCAUUCAAUGACUGGAAAUAUUGAAGCUGUUUUCAACAGUUUCAUUACUGGCAUAUCUGAGGUGGCAGAAGCUUAUGUGGCGGCUAUCAAAAGUGCAGCUGCUGAGUCACCAGAAGUUCUUGGUCAGAAAUCUGUUCAGGACAAGGCCGAUGUCUUUAAGCAACGUCUUAAUGCAGAUCACAGCACGGCCGUGGGUAAAAUGAAGGAUGGACUUCAGUACUUGAGCUAUUUGGUCAUUUCUAACUCAAUGCCUACUGCUUGAGCUCGUCUAGUGAAAUAAUGGAAGACUUAUCGUGUAAAUAGUCGUUACAAGUUACAACUCAUCUCAGUUCUUACUCUGUUGUGUUGCACACUGAAAAGACGAAGGGAAUAAUGCAUUAUUUUCUUUGUUUUAUGUUUUUUUUUUUUUUUUUU